AUGGCUCGAUUGGUGCUGUGUGCAUUGACCCUGCUAGCCGCAGGCAGCCUAGCAAAUCCGGUCAAAAAGCCGUCGCAAAAAAUUGCUGAUCCGGAAUUCCUUCAACAUCAAUUAGACGUGUGGAAUUUGUUUUACCAUAUUCAUGAGCCCGUUCAUGAGCCAUCUCUUCAAGCUAUAGUGAAAUCAUGGGACCUUGAAAAGAAUAUUGAACACUAUACCAAUAUCACGGCUGUUAAACUUUAUGCUGAAUUAAUAGAAAAUGAUCAAAUACUGCCUCGCGGCGUGCCAUUCUCCGUUCUGGAGUACUCUCAUAAAUUUGAGGCAAAGCUCUUAUAUGAUGUCCUCUAUUCAGCUAAAGACUUUUCUACAUUCUACAAAACGGCUGUUUACGUGAGAAACUGGGUCAACGAAGGUCUCUUCGUCUACGUUCUAAGUGUUGCACUAUUGCAUCGUCCUGAUAGUCAAGGCAUAGUCAUCCCACCAAUCUAUGAAGUUUUCCCAUCAUACUUCCAAAAUUCUCAGAUUAUGUGGAUAGCUCAGAGAAUAAACACACAUGGCAAGAGGAUGAUUGAACAUUAUCCGAAUACUUAUGUUUGGGACGAUAAUGUAGUGAUAAAGUGGAACAGAACAACAUGGCCUUACUCUAAUGAUGAUGUCUCCAUCGAGUAUUUCACGAAUGACGUCCAUUAUAACGCACUUUAUUACAACUUACAUCUUAUGUACCCAUCAUGGCUAGGAAGUGAAGUUACGCCCUUAAUUAAAGACAGACGUGGUGAAUACUUCUGGUUUUAUCACAAGCAAAUCCUAGCUCGCUACUACAUGGAAAGAUUGUCUAACGGACUUGGAGAGAUUCCUGAACUCGGCUGGGGUGUUGUUCAACAAGGAUACGUUCCUGAGAUUUCAUAUUAUAAUGGCAUUCCUUUACCAGUAAGGCCUAAUCACUUCCAUUUGGAUCAACCAGAGUUUGUUGAGGCAAUAACAGAGAUCCAAGAGUAUGAGCACCGUAUUCGUGAAGCAAUUGACAGAGGAUAUGUUAUUAAUAACUUGGGUGAGCACAUUAAUAUUCGCACUCCAGAGGCCAUUGACAUUCUAGGCCGCUUGGUUGAGGCCAAUGUGGACUCUCCUAACCCUCAGUACUACAAGGACUUCAUCAGCAUUUGGAAGACUUUGCUUGGAAAUACUGUAUGGCACAAACACCAAUUCCAUAACGAUCUUAUUCCAUUGAUCGUUCCGUCAGUGCUGGAGCAGUACAAAACCGCUUUACGGGACCCUGCAUUCUACAUGAUCUGGAAACGUGUUUUGGGACUGUUCACUGCUUGGCAGACAUACCUCCCGGCGUACAAAACCGAAGAGCUAGUUUUACCUUCGGUUGUUAUUGAAAGCGUAGAAGUCGAUAAACUAGUCACUUACUUUGAGCACACAUACGUAAAUGUUACUAAUCAUUUGCACAUGACCGAACACGAAAGUAAAGCCUUAGUAGAUGAUGUAACUGUAUUAGCUCAGCGCCCACAGUUGAACCAUAAAGUCUUUACGGUUAGUGUUAAGGUCAAGAGCGACUCUGCGAAGACUGUUGUCGUGAAGUUCUUCUUAGCACCCAAAUAUGACAGCAAUGGCUAUAAGAUUCCGCUGCAAGAAAACACUGAAAACUUUUUCUUGCUUGACGAAUUUUUGUAUGAUUUGCCCGUUGGUGAAACUGUGAUUAAACGCGAAUCUAAGGACGAUUCGCUGACAGUUCAUGACUGGUCAUCUGGAUACAAAGUUUAUGAAAAGGCCUAUAACGCACUUCACGGAAAAGGACAGUUUGUUCUUGAUAUGUCUCACAGAAUUGAUGGAUUCCCUGAUCAUCUUCUACUGCCUAAAGGUCGCGUGGGUGGUAUGCCUUUUGAGCUUCUGGUGUACAUCUCGGAAUUCCAGCCAGCCAAGGUUCCAUACGGCAGUACCUUUGACCCGGCAAUUUCACUUGGACUCGGCUCUGGAUCACGUUGGUUAAGCGAUAAACCAUUUGCUUUCCCUCUGGAUCGACCAUUGUACCAAUGGCAGGUUGAUAAGAUCAAGAACUUAUACAUCCAGGACGUUAAUAUCUAUCAUAAACACGUGCCGGAAGUUGUAAUACCUAAUGUGGUA